AUGGGUCGAGGGCUGACUGUACAGUGCAAACGAUGGAUCUUGCGGUCCGUAGCACUCAUCUUUGCGGCGUUUUACGUCUCGACGAUUCGCCGUUUGCACAUCAAUCUACUCCAGCCCGAGGCUGCUUCCGGUAUAGAUGGUAGCCUGACUGCGCGCACUUCCACCAGUACUAAGGAAGCUUUUUACCGACUGCAAAGCCUCCACGCCCAAUCGCCACAAGCAUUUAUUCUGGAUGACACAAAAGCCCACACGUCGAAGGAGUUAGACGCUCGCCUUCUCAGGGACCCCAAGCUCUACGUGCGCCCCUCUCCUUCCUACAAAAUCGACUUUGACGAUCUAUGGGAAACAUCACACGCGUCCAACACGUUCCCACCCUGGAUGAAGGAAUAUUUUCGUUGGCAUAAACAAACCCGCCAAGGGCUCAACCCUCAAAAUUGGAAGACGACUCGGUACCUAUUGGUCACUUGCCCCACACACUCACGGAAAUGCGGAGGUCUUGCCGAUCGUUUGGCCCACCUUCCUUUUUGUGUUCGCCUGGCGGCGCAGACACACCGCUUGCUCUUGUACCAAUGGGGACGACCAGCGGCGCUGGAACAGUACCUACAACCACCUUCUCACGGCAUGGAUUGGCGCGUGCCGCCUUGGCUAGAUCGGGCCUUUCGAGAAGAUGGUAACAACGAUCUCGUACCGCAGGCAACCGUCCAAGAUAGCGUUCUGGGAAUAGCGCUUGACACGGAAAACGUAACCAUCGCCAACAUUCGAUUCCAGUCGCACGAUCACGGGAUGGAAUACUACAAUCAGUUUCGGCAACGAAACGAGACGGACUUUGUUCACGUUUUUCACGAUCUUUGGCAGACAGUCUUUACCCCCGCACCUCGGGUUGCCGCCAAGCUUCAGAAGUUUUGGCAAACCCACCAACUGGCUCCGUACACCUACCCAUCGGCACACUUGCGGGCGCUGUACGCUAUCGAUGCACGACCCUCACCACUCAUUCGGAAGUGGGCCCGCAACGCCGUCGAGUGCUUGGCACAGUUUGGUGUGGAUAGUGUGUAUUUCGCGUCCGAUUCUAGCGUAGCUAUCAACUCGGCUGUCCGAUUCGGGAGGGAGCGGCGUUUCAAUGUUACGAUUGUGAAUACCGCACCGGAAGGAGAACGGGCCACGCCCGCCUUGCACAUCGAUAAGACAAACGAUUGGCAACACCUUCCAGCGGCCGCUUUCGAUCCCACAUUUGUUGACUUGUACGCCUUGUCCUCAUCGUCAUGCGUCGGAAUCAGCAUGGGCGGGUACGGUCGAUUGGCAUCCUGGAUCAGUCCCAAUGUAUCAUGUUCCUUUGUCCAUCAUACGGCCGCUGGGGUCGUUCCCUGCCCGCUGCGAAAAGAAAAAAAUGCACUCCCAACCCUUGCACGGCCGAGCCCUUGGCUUCUUCCACCCGUGUCGGAGAGCAACGAGCCCCACAGGUCUGCACUGAAUGCCACAGUCUUUGCAACAGAUAUAUUGGAGGGAACGUAUCCCUUUCCACGGCGGCUGCAGGACAUGACCGGAGACUUGUGGCAACAUUCGACGAUUCUACCAACUUGGAUGAAAACAUACUUUUCUUGGCACCGAGAACAAAGAAAACUGCUUCAACGCCACAACUGGCAAAAUUUUCGCUUUCUGGUCAUGGUCUGUCUGGAAAAAAUUGAAAAAUGCGGGGGCACGUCCGAUCGGCUACGGUCGAUACCGUUCAUGAUCCGUGUCGCGGCACAAACGGACCGAAUUUUGCUCAUUUAUUGGGAGCAACCCUUUCCCCUCGAGUUCUUCUUGUUACCACCCGUUGGUGGAAUGGAUUGGCGGACGCCUCAGUGGCUGCGGCCAAUUCUCCGUCAAGGUUCAGUAGGCGAGUCAUCAGUCAGGAAGGUUGUUAAGGCCGCCAACAAUAGAAGGCGAGUCAUUGUGACAGCUAAAUUGCAAGCACACGAUCAUGGCAGCCAGUACUACAACAAUGAGGUAACCGAGUCGGCUGAGGCACUGGAUGCCCUGCGACAACAUUACCACGAUACCUGGUAUACCGUUUUUACUCCGAUCCCAAUCAUUGCUAGACGAGUGGAGGAUGAUCUAGAGAGUAUGCGCCUCGUCCCUGGGAAGUUUGCGGUUGCACAUGUGCGUGCCAAUUACGGAAUCGAGCAGGUCGGGCGUGAGCCGGAACUCGUAUUCAACUGGACGAAGAACUCGAUAAAUUGUCUGUCCAAUCUCAACGUGAGUGGUCCCAUAUUUGUUGCCUCUGACAAUUCCUACGCCAAGCAAGUGGCCGUUGACUACGGUAAAGAGCAACACAUAAGAGUUGUUUCCCGCCUAGACGAUGAGAAGGGAACACCACUCCAUUUAGACUUGGCGAACUGGGAAAUUCGAGAUCCGUCGGAAUACUAUGAUGUGUUUGUCGACUUGUAUCUUAUGUCUAUGGGGCGGUGCAUGACCUAUAAUAUGGGAGGGUACGGCAAGUGGGGACAACUUAUCUCGGGCCGGAACUUGACCUGCAGUGUCCGACAUUGGACCAAGGGAGUGGGGAAGUUCACUGCCGAUAAGGAUGGUUGCGUUUGGACCGGGAUGUCCGCAGAGGAAGAAGUCAGCGAAUACAGGUUGCAGCGUCCUCUUUUCCUCCCUCCCGUGAAAAAUGAAUUAGAAGGAGGCAACCACAUAUACCUUGAUUGA